CUCUACUUUCUCCAUGGAACUCCAAUCUUCCUCCUUCCCUAUCCUUGCAUGCUUCAUUUUUUUUGCGUUAAUGGUGUUUAAAAUAUUGAAAAGAUCCAAAUCAACUUCCAAACUACCUCCCACGCCGUGGAAGUUACCUCUUAUAGGAAACUUGCAUCAAAUGGUUGGCUUUGAACCCCACCUUGCUCUACGCAAUUUGGGGAAGAAGUAUGGACCAUUGAUGUACCUACAAAUUGGAGAAGUUCCUACCCUUGUUGUUUCCUCGGCAAAGUACGCGAAAGAGGUGUUGAAAACUCAUGACACAGUGUUUGCUUCAAGGCCUAAAUUAAAUGCUGCAAAAAUCAUUACUUAUGAUUUCACUAGCAUUACUUUUUCACCAUAUGGAGAGUAUUGGAGACAGCUACGGAAAAUCGCCUUGAUGGAGCUUUUCACAACGAAACGAAUCCAAUCGUUUCGAUCGAUAAGAGAACAAGAGAUGUCAAAGUUGAUCAAUUGGGUUUUCUCGAAUGCGGCAAGAGGAUCACCAAUCAACUUGACUAAUAAAGUAUUCUCAUCGACGUAUACGGUGGUUUCAAGGGUGGCAUUGGGAGGCGAAUCUGAAGAGAAGGAUGAGCUCGUAUCGGUUAUCAAGGAAUCUUCAGAGAUAGUAGGAGGAUUCAAUAUACAAGAUGUAUUGCCUUCCUUGAAAUUGCUUCAUUCUAUUAGUGGGGUUAGCUCUAGGUUGGAAAAAGUUCACCAGAGAAGCUCCAACAUUCUUGAAAACAUCAUCAACCAACAUAUUAAGGCCAAGGAAACACCACCAAUGGGUGGGAAAUCUUGCGAACAAGCUAAAGAUUUGGUUGAUGUUCUUCUCAACUUUUACAAAUCGGAUGCUGAAUUCCCAUUAACAAUGAACAGUAUCAAAGCCGUAAUUCAGGAUAUUUUUGGUGCUGGAGGUGAAACAUCAUCAGCAACUGUUGAUUGGGCUAUGGUAGAAAUGAUUAAAGACCCAAGAGUAAUGAAAAAGGCACAAGCAGAGGUACGGCAGGUUUUCGAGAAUAGAGGCAGUUUUGAUGAGACUGCGAUUCCUGAACUGAAGUAUUUGAAGUUAGUCAUUAAAGAAACUCUAAGACUACACCCACCUGUUCCACUUUUACUUCCAAGAGAAAACACAGAACGACAAGUGAUCGACGGAUAUGAAAUACCUGCAAAAACCCGAGUACUUGUCAAUGCGUGGGCGAUCGGAAGGGACACUGAGUAUUGGGUUGAUGCUGAAAGAUUUUACCCAGAGAGGUUCAUAGAUAAUCCUAUUGAGUUCAAGGGGACUAAUUUUGAGUACAUUCCAUUUGGUGCUGGAAGGAGGAUAUGUCCAGGCAUGAUGUUUGGUCUUGCGAAUGUUGAGAUUAUGCUUUCACAAUUGUUGUACCAUUUUGAUUGGAAACUCCCCGAUGGGACAAGUCCUGAAGAUGUUAACAUGACAGAUUUAUUUGGUAUAACGAUGAGAAGAAAAGAUGACCUCUACUUAAUUCCUACUCCUUAUCGCUCCUAAAGCUUUGAUGAGCUUUAAAAUUAGCAUCAUACAAAUGUUCCUUCUGAAAAUGUUAUGUUUCAAAUUUUCAGCAUAAUUAAGGUUGUUAUUGAAAGAGUGAAAUGUCAUGAUAUUAAAUUAUUG